AUGUCGCUAUCGCACAGAACAAAGAUGAUACCGCUGCCAGUACUAGAAGAAUAUUGUAUUUCGCCAGACCAUGGGUUUUUGGACGGCCGGUUGCCCUUGACUAGGCUGACCAGCAAGAAAUACACGAGGUGGGAGGAUAUCGUGGCACAGCUGCCUUCUCUUUUGCAGGAUGGCAGCCAGGUGCGGAGUGCUAUCGACGAGCUGGAGGUGUUGGCGCUGGACGAGAGCAUAUUGGGCGAUGUCAGGGAGCUCAGAAGGGCCUAUUCUGUGCUCGGGUUCAUGGCACACGCAUACGUUUGGGCGACGGGGAGGCCUCGGGACGUGCUGCCCGAGUGUGUUGCAGGACCGUUGUUGCAUGCAGCAGAUAUCUUGGGGGUGCCUCCGCUCGCCACGUAUUCUUCGUUGGUGUUGUGGAACUUCAAGGUCGCAGACGUGUGCGAGCAGCCGGAAUCCGGGUGUUUGGACUUGGAGAACAUCACCACCAUAAACACCUUCACGGGGACCGUGGACGAGAGCUGGUUUUAUCUGGUGAGCGUGCGGUUUGAAAAAAUCGGUAGUUCUUGUUUGAACCACGGUUUGCAGAUAUUAAGAGCCAUAAGAGACGGUGAUGACAAGGCCGUGACAGACGGGCUGAAUAAGUUGGCUGCAGCCAUUGAGAGGUUAUCGCGGGCGCUGAUGGAAAUGGAGACCAAGUGUGAGCCCAGCGUGUUUUAUUUCAAGAUAAGGCCUUUUUUGGCCGGAUGGACUAACAUGUCGCAUCUGGGGCUGCCACAAGGCGUCAAGUAUGGGGCGGAAGGCCAGUACCAGAUCUUUUCUGGAGGGUCCAACGCCCAGAGCUCGUUGAUCCAGACGCUGGACAUCUUGCUGGGUGUGAAGCAUUCUGCCAACGCUGCGCAUUCCUCCAAGGCCAACCAGAAGGUUAAUUAUUUGGAUGAAAUGAAAAAAUACAUGCCAAGACAGCAUCGUGAGUUUCUUUACCACCUAGCGUCCGUGUGCAACAUCAGCGAGUACGUCUCCGCUAACGCUUCCAAUGAGCCAUUGCAAAAGGCGUACGGCCAUUGCAUUGCGAUGCUGCAAAGGUUCAGAGACAACCAUAUCCAAAUAGUCACCAAGUACAUCAUCUUGCCCUCCAAUUCGAAGCAAGAGAAUUCCAACAAAAAGGGGGUGUUGAGUCCAAUCGAGCCCAACACCAAGGCAGCGGACUCCUCGGGACCCAAAACCGCCUCAUGCAAGACUAUCGGAACUGGUGGUACGAAACUAAUGCCCUUUUUGAAGCAGUGCAGAGACGAAACUAUCGCCACUGGUGAAGCUAAAAAAGAGAACAAAAAUUGA